CUCUUCUAGUGCCAUUCACGGAAGCACAUACGUAAAGUGCGUAACGCGCCGCUUCUGCUGUACGCACAGUGCUCUGCCCAGCGGGCGCCGUCGCGUUCGCUGCCUCUUCACCGAAAGGAAUGAUAAGACGCAUGGAUGCACUCACCCCGGACAGACCUCGUCGUUAAUUGACACUCUAUUGCGUUUGUACCAUUUUUCACCCAUAUUUUUUUGCUUCUGGAUGGAUUGCGUUUUCUAAAGCAGCCGUCUGUGGAGCUGUGUAGCCCCCCGCGUUGCGUUGGCGCUGCGGAGAACAAGAGUCAGCUCACAGAGCCGUGGAGACGAGCGGAGCGAUUUGAGGGGUAAAACGACUUUUUGAAAAGGAGACACACGGAGAGGUCGAAGGAUACGGAUAAACGGGCGCUGCACAGCAUUCUCUCUCUAAGUGAUCUGCAACAGACUCUUCAAAGGCAACACUGCAAACACAGGACAACCUCUCCACACUUUCAUUUCCAUACCAGCAGUUAUUAUGAGAUAAAAAAUAAAUAAAUUAAAAAAAAUAGAUGCUUUUUAAAAAUGGCAUUUUGAAAUCAACAAGCACUUUUAAAGUCUAACAAGCAUGAGCCAACUAAAAUAAGUAUUUUUUUAAAAUGGUAAACAGUGUUUAAUGCAAAACUACACCCCCUUACGCUUAAUUUUUUGGAGCAGUAUUGAAGAUAUAAACAGCAUCUGAAAGUGAAAUAUGAACAUCAAGACAAACAUUUAAACUCCCUGUUUGGAGGUGACUUAUAAACAUCACAGCUAAGGGGCGGGUCAUGACUCAGUUGCCAUGCGUGUUGUCAUGGUGACCAGCCCCUGCGCCCCUUCCCCCCUCCUUUGGUUGGUCCAGCUUCUGUUGUGGUUUCACAACCAUGGACCUCAGCUGACAGAGGCAGCACCCGCCUGUCCCAGCCUAUGUACCUGCUCCAAUCAGGCGAGCCGUGUCAUCUGCACCCGGAAGGGUUUAGAUCAAGUCCCAGACAGUAUUUCAGACAAAACAAGAUACCUCAAUUUACAAGAAAACACCAUCCAGGUGAUCAAAUCAGACACAUUUAAACAUCUGAGGCAUUUGGAAAUCCUGCAGCUCUCGAAGAACCACAUUCGAGAAAUUGAGGUGGGAGCUUUCAAUGGCCUUCCCAACCUCAACACACUGGAGCUUUUUGACAACCGUCUCACCGUGGUACCAUCAUUAGCCUUUGAGUACCUUAGCAAGCUACGAGAACUAUGGCUCCGGAACAACCCUAUCGAGACACUGCCGGCAUUUGCCUUUCACCGCGUCCCUUCGUUACGGCGCCUUGAUCUGGGAGAAUUGCGGAAGCUGGGUUUCAUCUCAGAGGCAGCCUUUGAGGGCUUGGUCAACUUGCGGUUUUUGAACCUGGGAAUGUGUGGCUUAAAGGAUAUCCCAAAUCUCACCCCACUAGUAAAACUCGAGGAGCUAGAGCUAUCAGGAAACCAACUAGGAAUUGUCCGACCUGGAUCCUUUCAGGGCUUGGUGUCACUUCGCAAGCUGUGGUUAAUGCACUCUAGGGUGUCAGUAAUUGAGCGCAAUGCUUUUGAUGACCUCAAAAAUUUGGAGGAACUUAACCUGUCCCAUAAUUCCCUUCAUUCUUUGCCCCAUGACCUUUUCACUCCUUUGCACCAGUUGGAAAGAGUACAUCUGAACCACAACCCUUGGGUGUGUAAUUGUGAUGUUCUGUGGCUCAGUUGGUGGUUGAAGGAGACAGUUCCGAGUAACACUACAUGUUGUGCGCGCUGCCAUGCCCCUCCAGGUCUCAAAGGCAAGUACAUUGGGGAACUAGACCAGAGCCACUUCACCUGCUAUGCCCCAGUGAUUGUGGAGCCACCUACUGACCUUAAUGUCACAGAGGGUAUGGCUGCAGAGCUAAAGUGUCGCACUGGGACGUCUAUGACUUCUGUGAAUUGGUUCACUCCAAAUGGUACCCUGAUGACACACGGGUCAUAUAGAGUAAGGAUUUCUGUGCUGCAUGACGGUACACUCAACUUCACAAACGUGACAGUGCAGGACACUGGACAGUACACAUGCAUGGUAACCAACUCCGCCGGAAACACCACCGCAAGUGCAGUUCUCAACGUUACUGCCACAGAUCCAAACAACAGCUACAGCUAUUUCACCACUGUCACUGUAGAAACUGUAGACUCACAUCAAGCAGAGAAGGAAGCCAGACAGGAAAUUAAUGAGACUAUCAUUGAAUUCCCAGGUCCAACUGUUAUUGGAGGGGUGUUAGAUGGUCGUCCUGGCAUCACAAUAUCCCCCUCUCUCUCCUCUCUGUCCUCACUGGCUCCUGGAGCCAGCAGAGACAUUAAUGAUGCCGUUACCGUGUCUAUUAUCGAUGUGACAAAUAUCCCUGGUUUAGAUGAUGUCAUGAAAACUACCAAGAUCAUCAUUGGCUGUUUUGUGGCUAUUACGUUUAUGGCAGCUGUAAUGUUGGUGGUUUUCUAUAAACUCAGAAAACAGCAUCAGUUACAUAAGCAUCAUGGCCCUGCCAGAGCAAUUGAGAUUGUCAAUGUGGAGGAUGAGCUCGGAGCAGGAGCAGGGAGUGGGAUAUCUGGAGGAUCUACUAUGAAUUCUGGCACCGGCGGAGAGGGAACCCUAAGGAUACAUCAUCCUGAAAUUGUUAACAUUCCCAGUAUUGGUCGAACGGAUACCCUUAACCAUUAUUACAAGACCCAUCAUUUCAACAACAAUGUGAUGGGUCUUAGUAUUGGUGAAGGAAUAGGAUCCGGAGGUACACUCAGUAGCAAGAACCCUCAAUGUCUGGACAUGCCAAUCUCCUGCACCUCUGUCCCCAUCUCCACCUCUAAUCUCCUCACAACAUCAGGAAAUGGCACCAACACCAGUUCUAUGUCGCCACCUCUGCCCAUGUCUCUACCCAUGCCCACUAUGGGCCUUCACGGAUCAAUCAAAGGUUUUAUGGGCCAGAGCCAGAAUCCUCAAAUGGAGCCUCUUCUAUUUAAGGGAAACUCGAAAGAAAAUGUCCAAGAAACUCAGAUUUAG